AUGGGUGCCAAGCAAAAGGGAAGCUCGAAGCCUAAGGGUAACCAAGCCGAUGAGGUAGAGGAGACUCUGCAGGCCGUGGUCCUGGCGGAUACUUUCGAGACCAGAUUCGAGCCCUUUACUCUCGACAAGCCGCGGUGUCUUCUCCCCUUAGCCAACACCCCUCUCAUCGAAUAUACCCUCGAGUUUUUGGCCAAUGCAGGCGUUGAGGAGGUGUUCCUCUACGGAGGUGCUCACUCAGACAAGCUUGAGAAACACAUCAAUUCUUCGAAAUGGAGGGCUCCGUCCUCCCCCUUUAAGAAAUUCACCUUCCUCAAAUCCACAUCCACCUCCGUCGGUGAUGUUAUGCGCGACUUGGACGGCAAGCAUCUGAUCACCGGUGACUUCAUCGUCGUCAGCGGUGAUGUUAUCAGCAACCUGCCCAUUGAGGGCGCCCUGGCCGCUCACCGAGCCCGCCGCGAAGCCGACAAGAACGCGAUCAUGACCAUGGUGCUGCGCGAAGCCGGCCUCAACCACCGUACAAAGUCCUCCUCCGUUUCACCCGUCUUUGUGAUUGAUCCUACCAAGGACCGCUGUCUCCAUUACGAGGAGAUUGACCACCACGACGACGAUGCUCCGGCCCGGCUGAACAUUGAUACCGAGAUCAUCCUCUCGCACUCCGAGCUGGAUAUCCGCCAAGAUCUGAUCGAUUGCAGUAUCGAUAUCUGCACACCUGACGUGCUGAGCUUGUGGUCCGACAGUUUCGAUUACCAGUCACCGCGGAAACACUACCUGUUCGGUGUCUUGAAGGACUACGAGUUGAAUGGAAAGACCAUUCACACACAUAUCAUCAAAGACCACUAUGCCGCGCGGGUACGUAACCUGAAGGCCUACGAUGCUAUUAGCAAGGAUAUCAUCUCGCGCUGGACUUACCCCUUGUGCCCCGAUACGAACUUGCUCCCGGGCCACACCUACGAUCUCCGCAAGGGUAGCUUGUACCAAGAACAGGGCGUGACUCUGGCUCGGUCAUGUGUAAUUGGUCGCCGCACAGUCAUCGGCCGAGGCACCAGUAUCGGUGACCGUACAACAGUGUACAGCACCGUCUUGGGACGGAACUGCAAGAUCGGCCGCAAUGUCAAGCUGGAUGGCGCAUAUAUCUGGGACAAUGUCGUAAUUGGAGAUAACACCGAUGUUCGGGGCGCUAUUAUCGCCGACGACGUCGUUAUCGGCAAGGGCUGCAGUGUUGCCGCCGGUGCACUUAUCUCUCACGAUGUGAAGAUCGCAGAUGGUAUGCGGAUCGAGAGCGGACAGCGCAUCGCCAGGGUCCGACGGGACGGAUCCUCCGGUCCCAUAGAGACGGACAUCGUCGGUCAAGGAGGCGAAGGCUACGAGUUUGUACCUGGCGAGGACGAUGACGAGGAAGACGACAAUAUCUCCGUCGCCUCAUCAGGAUUGGUCUACCGCAUGCCCGAACUCUCACUUUCAUCCACCUCAAUCUCAACACUAUCCUCCGAAGUGUCUGAUGGCUCAUGGCAACGAUCCCCACGCAGCAGUUUCUCCGACGAAGAGGAACAAGACCAUUUCCACCACGACGCUUCAGCCAGUCUGUUCGACGGCCUACGUGACGGCGUCUCCGCAGAUGUCGUCCAAUUGGAACUAGUCAGUCUGCGUAUGACAGCAAACGCAUCGGACGUGCAAGUGCGACGUGCAAUUGUAACCUCAUUUAUGAAAUACAUCCAACAACUCAUGGAAGGCGGCAAGGGCGCCGGCGAAGCCGUGCACGAUAUAUUCUCCAAGUACCGGGAAGUGGUGGAGCGCACGCUAUUCGACCGGAACAAGGACGAGAAGAAGGACCAGGUUGAUUUGCUGUUGCAGUUGCAGCAGGACUUAGUGCAUCGGAAUAAAGGUGAUACUGUUUUGCUGUUUACGGCGAAGGAGUUGUAUGAGUUGGAGCUUGUGGAUGAAGAAGCUUAUGAGCAAUGGUGGGGUGAUGAGAGGUCUACUGCUAGUGAGGAGAUGAAGGCUGUGAGGAGUCAGGCGCAGCAGUUUGUGGAUUGGCUUGCGGAUGCUGAGGAGGAGAGCAGUGAGGAGGAAGAUAGUGAUGAUGAGGAUCCGCCUGAUCGCAGCCCCUUCCCCACUCCACCCCUCUCUGACCGAUGGUUCUCGCCCGCGCGCCAUUUUCCAAGUGACGCAGCAUCCCUCGUCCCCCUUCACCGGCAAUCUGCCGCACUUCCUUUCACCACGCCUCCUUCUACACGGAAGAGAAAGGCGGCUGAGGCGGCGAUUGCGGACAACCAGCCUCUCCUCAAAGCCGCCACCAAGGCUACCCACGCCGAGAACGCCACUCCAUCCGAUCCGCGCGGCAAACCAGACUCUCUCACAGUCUCAUCGCUCUCCAUCGUCCCGGACCCCCAUAGCCCCAGUCGAAAGAAGAGGGAUCUCGUGACCCCUGCGACGACUACGGGCAGCAUGGAUUCCGAUGAUGACUUCCUCAGCGACGUGUCGAGUUCUGGUGACUUUCUUGACAACCAGAACAGUGACGAUGAGAGUUUAGGUGAUGAUUUCGGUGAUGACCUCGACACCGGCUUUUCCGAUGAUAAGGACCUGAUCAAGCAAAAACGAAAACCCUACGAAGUGGAGUACAAAGUUCUAGAUCCGUUCGACAUUCAACGUGAGCAGGAUGUACAGGUUGACGAUGUCUCCGCAAUUCUCGGUCUCCCUCCGGAGUCGGCUGCGAUCCUGUUGCGCUUCGGUCGGUGGAAGCAGGAGAAGCUUAUCGAGGGGUACAUGGAACACCCGGAAGAGACGUUAGAAGAGGCAGGUCUUGGGACGAAUUUCGAGUGCCUUGCGAAGACGGAGAAGCUGGCAGAUUUCAUGUGUGAUAUUUGUUGCGAGGAAGGCCCCGACCUUGAGACGUAUGCGAUGCGAUGCGGCCACCGGUUCUGUGUCGACUGCUACCGACACUACUUGUCACAGAAGAUCAAGGAGGAAGGUGAGGCUGCUCGUAUCGAGUGCCCAGGCGAUAGCUGUCACCGUAUCGUGGAUUCCAAGUCGCUAGAACUACUUUUGGCAGACAACAAAGCCCUUCAGGAGCGGUAUCGCACGCUUCUCACCCGAACGUAUGUGGAUGAUAAGGAUAAUCUUCGUUGGUGCCCGGCGCCCAACUGUGAGUAUGCCAUCGACUGUGCAGUCAAGCCCCGCGAUCUCCGCCGCAUUGUACCAACGGUAUCUUGCCUAUGCAAGCAUGACUUCUGUUUUGGUUGCUCCCUCAAUGAUCACCAACCCACUCCCUGCGCACUGGUAAAGAUGUGGCUGAAGAAGUGUGAGGAUGACUCCGAGACAGCCAACUGGAUCUCCGCCAAUACCAAGGAGUGUCCGAGGUGCGUCUCAACAAUCGAGAAGAACGGCGGUUGUAACCACAUGACCUGUCGCAAGUGCAAGCACGAGUUCUGCUGGAUGUGCAUGGGACUGUGGUCGGAGCACGGUACUAGCUGGUACAACUGCAACCGAUACGAGGAAAAGUCCGGUGCCGAUGCUCGCACUGCUCAGGCCAAGUCGCGAUCGUUUCUGGAGCGCUAUCUGCACUACUACAACCGUUAUGCCAACCACGAACAGUCUGCCAAGUUGGACAAGGAUCUAUAUCUCAAGACUGAGAAGAAGAUGACCAGCCUCCAAUCACAGUCAGGACUGUCCUGGAUUGAAGUUCAAUUUUUGGACACUGCUUCACAGGCAUUGCAGCAAUGCCGACAGACUUUGAAGUGGACGUAUGCAUUUGCGUUCUAUCUGGCGCGCAACAACCUCACUGAGAUCUUUGAGGACAACCAGAAGGACCUGGAAAUGGCUGUCGAAAGUCUCAGUGAGAUGUUCGAGAAGCCCGUGCCCGAGCUGGCCAAGCUGAAAGUCGACAUUCUGGAUAAAACUGCCUACUGUAACAAGCGCCGAGUCAUCUUGUUGAGCGACACCGCAGAAAAUUUGAGAAAUGGUAAUUCCAACAUCCACGAUUCUUACACCUUUUGA